AUGCCGGCGUCGCCUCUCCCUCUGGCUGUUGCACCGCCCGGCCGCGUGUCGUUGAACCACCAGGUUCCCCGUGCCGCGUGUGCCCUCUGCUCCGGACUAUUCUGCGCUGAGUCGCCUCGUCGGUCUGAUUUCUUUACUGCAAGCCACAUCCUCUACAUCCAAGCUGGCCUUCAGCUUCAGUACGGCGGAAGUCGCCUCCGCCAUGAGCCGCCCUUGCCGACCUCACACCGAGUCCCCGUUGUUCUUGCUGCCAAAGCCGCCCUGGCCUCGACUCCGAUCCGCCGCCUGUCCAAGCGCACCUCGCCUAGCCGUCUGAGUCGCGUCGAGCCGGCCUCGCCCCUGCUUCCAGUCACCACCUCAAGUCACCAUCACCGCGGCCUCUCCCGCCGCGUCGAGCCGACGUGGCCAGCUUUAAGCCACCCAGCCUCGCGACCGCCUCAACUGUGGCCUCGCGCCUCCGACUUGAGCGCAGCCUUGCCGCCUCGCUGUUGCGGCGAGCCGCCGUCGCCCUCGCGCUUUGUCUCCGCUGAGAACGACGUCAAACCUGCCUGUCCGAGCCACGGUCUUCGCUCGAGUCACUGGGUCUCCGCACUUCGUUCAGCCCACAGUCGCGGUUCCACCUCGCGCCGUUUGUCCGCCGCAGUUGCCUCGCGCCUCAAGUAUCGCCGGUCUACCGUUUGCCUCUGCUCCUCCGGCCGCCAAGCUACCCGACUCUUUUUCCGUUCUGCCACCAUGGCUGCUGUAUACAUGGUCACAAGGGCGAGGGUAGAAGCUAGUGCUAGUUAUGAAGCAUGCAUACGGCCAACCUCGAUUUCAUAUGAACCACUCAACGGCUAUCAAUGCAAUUACCUACUGCUGCAACACACGAGGAGCAGAGAAACAAAAACACAUGGACAAGGUUAUGUGCUCAUCACUCUAAGGCCGCUAUGUACGGGACGUCAAAAGUACUAUGUUUACACUGGAUGGGUUGCAACAUUAUCAAGUGUCACCGCAAUGAUCAUCAACUUCACGGUGGAUAAAUAUCAGGUGAAAUCCAUCCGGAUGGGGUUAAUAUAUCAUUGCGAUUUGAAGGACUCAUACCGGUUUAUAUCACGGUCAAAUAUGGAGAGUCUCAAGACAACUCCUCGAGUAGUCUUAAGACUCAGGGGCUACAAUGACAUGACUCGGGAACUCCAGGUCAUUGGGGGAAUGAUAACCCGGUUCCGGAGGACACCGCCAUAUUGA